AUGGAUUCAACUGAGCCUCUAUUUGAAGGGCAGAAAUUGGUGAAACUGCCAUCGAUUGCUCAUGAUGAUCCUUUUGUCAGGGUGGUUAAGACUUUAUCCAUAUACUUCGUCGAUGAAAUUGUCCUACCUUCAACCUUUGAACAAUUAAGAACUACAUCUGCGGGCAACAAAAUCAGAAUACUGGUUGAACAUCUGGUCGAAAAUGUUACCAAUCCUGCCAUUAUAAAUGCAAUCUUAACCCUAAAAUGGCAUUUCUCUACCCUCGACGUAGACGAUCGCGGAAUCAAUGAAACUCGAGCAAGCGCAUGUGAAAUAGUGGCAUGGAGAUUCUUGAGUCGUGUAUCGGAACGAGAUGCUGUCGACUUUUGCCUAUACGAGUUACCUCUACCUACUCUUCAACGAUCAACAGAUGGUGCGGCGGAAGAACCAGAGGAAAGUCAAGCUACAGAGCAUUCAACUUUAUUACCACAGUUCAGAGAACGGGAUUCACCCCCUAAUACUCGGCCAGCUAGUCAAAAAAAGACAGAACUCUUGCGCUCCAUAUCACACAUGGGAUCAUUCUUCACACAUGAUGGUAUAGAUGAUGAUGAGGAUGACCCAACAUCUUCUUUCACGGGACUAAAUGGACUUGAGAUUGCAGCAGUAGCCGAUUGCAAGAAAUUCCUUAGUCAAAGAAUCGUUCAAAAGAUUAUAACUGGUAUUUGGAAAGGAGAUAUUACAUUUUGGGAGAGCUUGAGUGAGCAUACACAAAAGAAAGCUCAAUUCUACAACCGAAAAAAGUCCGACCCAUUUUCGAGAUUGAGAGUACCAAGAUACAUUAAAGCUUUUGAAGUUUUAUUCUUUGCCUCUUUCUUGUUUCUAUACUAUGCAGUCCUUGUUGAACGGAAUCCAUAUCAUAUUACUCUCCUUGAGAUUGUCCUCUAUGUAUGGUUUGCUGCUUUUACAUAUGAUGAACUUGGAGAGUUUAUAGAUGCAGGCUCAAUAUUUUAUGCCGUCGACAUAUGGAACACUUGUGAUUUGAUGAUUAUCUUGAUAGGAGCUGCAUUUCUACUCACACGUGUAAUUGGCUUAUCAAAAGAUAACGACAGGAUUAUUGAUAUGGCUUUCGAUAUACUGUCACUAGAAGCAUUGUUUAUGGUUCCUAGAAUAUGUUCCCUUCUCAGUCUCCAUCCAUACUUCGGAACUCUCAUCCCCUGCCUUAAGGAAAUGGCAAAAGACUUUGUAAAAUUUAUGGUCAUAGUUCUAAUUCUUUACCUCGGAUUCCUCACAACCUUUACCCUUCUCGCCCGCGAUUCCUUUACUCUUGGCGAAAUGUCCUGGGUACUCAUUAAAGUCUUCUUCGGAUCCUCAUAUCUCGGUUUCGAUAUCAUGAAUCAAAUCUCUCCCCAACUCGGUCCACCCCUCAUGCUUAUCUUCGUCUGCAUGACCAAUAUUCUCCUCAUUACAUCUUUGAUCAGUAUCUUGAGUGAUAGUUUCUCAAAAGUCAUCAGUCAUGCUAGAGAAGAAUACCUUUUUGUUUAUUCAGUUUAUGUCCUCGAAGCAUCGACCAGCAAUCGAUUAACGCACUUUUAUCCACCAUUAAAUCUCAUCCCGCUUAUACUCAUAAGACCCCUCAGACUCUUCAUGAGUUCAUCUACGCUACGCAGAACACGUAUAGGACUUUUAAAAGCAACGCAUGCACCGAUUGUAUUAGCUAUUAAUAUCUUCGAGGGCGUUUAUGAACAUAUACAAGAUCCGUCUUCGUUCCCUCGCACUCCUAUGGCUACAGGACCAACUACACCUACGAGUAGUGGGUUGAGCGGCGGAUUGAGUGGUGGAGGUGGAGGUGGAGGUGAACCGGCUUAUAAAGGUAAAGCGAAAAAGAAAUUCCUGAUGAGUCGGACGGGUACAGAUCAAUCGUUGCAUUUUAUGGAUGGACCGAGUAUUGGGAGGGAUGGAGAGGCUAGUCCGUUGGUUUGUGGGAAGUGGGAAGGGGUCGUUGGUGUUGGUGUUGGUGUUAGGGGCAGGAAGGAUGUUGCUGUAGUGGGUGGUGGUAUUGGAAAUAGUAAUGGAAAUGGAAAUGGAAAUGGAAACCGAAUAAUCAACAAAACAUUAGUAUUCUCAGCGGAAGAUAGCGGAUUAGGAGGAGAAGAGGACAGGAAUUUGGAUAAUGAUAGUAGUAGGGAUAGGGAUAUGGAUAUGGGUAUGGAUAUGGAUAUGGAUAUGGAUAAUAAGAGAACAGAGCAAGAGAGAGAAAGAGAAAGAGAGCAAGAAAGAGAAAGGGGUAACGAGAGAGAAAGAAGAUUAGAAAGGAAGUCGAUGAAUUGGGGGAAAAGAUUGAGGAAUUAA